AUGGCCGUUGACGUGGCAUCGAUGUCGGUGGAGGAGUUGGAGGCCGUGUGGCUGAGGCGAGCCGGCAUGAGGAGCGACCUGAGUGUGACUAUACCGGGGGUGACUGCACCAGGAGUGACUGUAUCCGGAGUCUCUUUCAACGUUCACAAGUACCCACUAUACGCACGCACGUCGCCAGCUUCUGUUAUGGAAUGGAUUUCAAGAUCUCACCACUUGAUGUUCCUGCUUCCCCCCUUGUCCCGUCUCACCUCCCAUGCUAUGCCCUCCCUCCACCGCCCCUACGCCCCUCCAAAGAUGACUCCCCGCAAGGGCAUGGGCAAGUACCGUGUGAACCUGCUGUCCCUUCGUCCCUCUCUCACCCCGCUACUUCCUUCCCUGCAUCCCCCCUCCCUCCCGAAAUCCCCUCACCCACCAGCCGCAUUCCUUGGAAUGACAGACGAUUCGCGCAAGGGCAUGGGCAAGUACCGUGUGAACCUGCUGUCAUGUCAUCCCUCUCUCACCUCUAUGCCUCCCUCUCUUUCCUCUCCCUCUUCCUGCUUUCCCCUUCCCUCCUCUUCCCCAGCCGCAUUCCUUGGAAUGACCGAUGAUUCGCGCAAGGGCAUGGGCAAGUACCGAGUGAACCUGCUGUCGUUCGCCGCUGCUGCCAUGGCGGGCAUGCUGAAACACGCUGAUGCUGCCCUUGCUGUGUUGAGAGGCUGUGCCGGCCUGCUGGCAGAAGCAGAUGCACUGGGAAUCGUGGACGAGGCAGCCGACAGGCUGGCGGACCAUGCGGUUACCAGUCACAACCUCUGCACCACACCCAUUCACACCUGCGAUGGUAUCGCUCUCCUGCCUCUCGACAUCUUCCUUCGCGUUCUAGGAAAGUUUAAGGAAAAGAAUCUGCCCGAGAAGGAAAUCGGCAGCGCAAUCGCCUUCUACGCUCAGCACAACCUGCCCGACCCCAAAUCCCUCGCUGCCCUCUCUUACUCCGACCUUCCUCCUCCCUCUCCCCACUCUUCCUCCUCCUCUUCCACCUCCUCCUCGUCUUCCGCCUCUCUCUCUCCCGCGCAUUACCGUCGGGUCCUGGAGGGAUUGACAGCAGCCCUGCCUGCUGCUGCUGCCAGUGUGCCCAUGCAACCACUGCUGGGGCUGCUGCGCUGUGCUAUAGUGCUCAACGCAAGUGAAGGGGUCAAGGCCACCCUACAGCGCCGAGCAGGAGCGCUCUUCACCGAUGCAUCCCUGGACGAUCUGCUCAUGCUGGAGACUAGCGACGUGCAGGGUCUGCUGCACGGAUUUGCAUCGGAGGAGCACCUCUCCACUCUGCCUGAUCGCGCGCAAGCCCUGCAGGCAGCAGCAGCACUCAUCGACUCUUAUCUCCUCCACCUCUCCUCCCCUCCAACACCCUACCCUGAUGCUGCUGCCUCUGCUUCUCACUCUUCCCCCGCUCCCUUCUUUUCACCCCCUUACAGGCAGCAGCAGCACUCAUCGACUCUUUACCUCCUCCACCUCUCCUCCCCUCCAACACCCUACCCUGAUGCUGCUGCUGACGGCACUUCUGCUACUGUUGCCCGUGCUGCCACUUGA